AUGGAUAUUGAUGUAUAUAAGCAGUUGACGUUAAGUGAGACGGGCCAUGAAUCGUCUGUGACAGUGAAUCAGGCAAGUUUUUCUGUAGGCAGUCUGUGUUUUUCAUCAGUGUUAAUUUUGUGCGAAUUAGACAAGAUUUUGUCACGUUAUGCUUCUGAACACACUCUUUUUCGUGAACUUUUGCAGAAUUCAGAUGAUGCUUGCUCACAACAAGCGGAAAUACAUUAUCAGACACUUGGAGAACCGCUAGGACGUGAUGAUAUUACACAGAUUAGCCGUAUACCGUGCAAGCGUUUAAUUUUUAAGAAUGAUGGAGCAUUGUUUGGAGAAGCGGAUUGGCAGCGUAUUUCGCGGAUUGCAGAAGGGAAUCCUGAUGAAGAGAAAAUUGGGGCAUUUGGUGUUGGGUUUUAUUCAGUUUUUUCUAUUUGUGAAGAUCCGUUUAUUGUUUCGGGAAAUCAGACGAUGGCAUUUUAUUGGAAGAAAGAUCAGCUUUAUGUUAAGCGUGCGGUAGUGGAUGUAGCAGUAGGAACGACUUUUUUGCUUCAGCUAAGGGAACCUAUGGAAAUUCCACAAAUGGUUGAUUUAUGUCGAUUUUUGACGACUAGUUUUGCGUUUACACGAAGUCUAAGGAAGAUUGAGCUAUUUUUUGACGACUACAGGUUAUUAUCUUUGUGUAAGUCGAAGGAAUGUUCUUUCUCAGUUCCUAUUCCUAAGGAAUUGGUGCUCGUUUCGCCUCAAAAAAUUAUGCGUGUUGAAUCAGCUACGAUAGAGUCUCUAAAUAUUCGUGCUACGUAUUUGAAUGUUGUUUAUUGGCGUUCAAGACAACUGGAUAAUCCUCUAUUUCGGCAGAAAUGGAUUGGGAGAAUAUUUUCUAUGCACGACGCAUAUGAGGAUUUGGAUCCUAGUCUUGAAGUUACAUCUGAAAUUACUUUGAGUGUAGCAAAUGCUGGGAUUCAAAUACUAAUUGGCCUUUCUUAUAGGAAAGAGCUUGAAAGAGUUACAAAAAAAAGGCCUCCUAAGAAUACUAAGGUUCAGCUUCUUUUUUCAAAUUUCUCUCAGGGAGACACAAAAAAACAUAAUAAGAGUUUUUUCUCAGAUCUUUUGACAUAUAAUAAGCAGGGUAAAGUUUAUAUUGGGUUUUCGACUCAUCAAACGACUGGAUUUAGUGCUCACUUAGGUGCUCCUGGACUUAUUCCUACUGUAGAAAGAGAGAAUAUUGAUUUAGUUGACAAGUUUGUCAAGUAUUGGAAUAAAGAGAUACUAUAUUGUUCCGGAAUAUUGGCAAGGUUUUCAUAUAUUGCUUAUUUUCCUUUUGAUAAUUUAAUUAGAAUUAUUUACCAUUAUGAAAUUCAAAGAAUUGUUAGCCAUUUUAAAGAUGAUAUAAAAGCACCUUUUGUAUAUACGAUGAAUAUGUUUACUAUAGAAGCUUCUAGUCCAUUGCUUAUUAGUAAUAUUAUUGAGGAGGCUUUUUUUUUCUGUUCUAAAGUUCGUUCUAUUCCUUUAAUAGGGGAUGACAUUGUUCCAUCGGAUAAGAUAUAUUUACCUGAUUCAAAUAUUGAUUUUUUACCAGGGAUACCUUUUAUUAGACAUGAUAUAUUGUUGGAGUCUGCUAAAUUUUUUGAUAAGCUAAAACAUAUGGAUAUGAUUAGACAGUUAAAUGCUGAUGAUAUUUGUAAUGAGUUAUCUAGAAGAACACUUACAAUUCAAAAUACAGUUUCCUUUAUAAAAUGGUUAAACAGGAGAUCGAGUAAUAUUGAUUAUAUAAUGCGACUUAAACUUAUAGGGGCUCUAAUUAUUUAUGAUCAGAAUGUUGAAACAAUUAAUUUUUCUUAUUUGAAGUGUUUUUUAAACACUAAAUUGAUACCAUUUGACAUGCCAUUGCCUCCAGUAUGUGCUCCAUAUCUUUUAACAAAGCAUUUUUCUUUUAGUGAGCUCGAAAUUCUUGAAUGGAAAGAAUUAAGUGUAUUUGAAUGGCUACAGUAUAUAUGUACAUCAUCUGUAUCUUUGGUAAAAAAAGAUAUUAGUUGUUCGCCUGAAUUUGCUCGACAAGUUCUUGAGAUUGUGUCAAACAGUUGGGAAAAAAUGAAUUAUACGGAUCGUAAUGCUAUAAUUUUGCUUUUGAAUUCUAAAACAUGUAUGCCAACUAGGAAUCAUGGUAUGCGAGUGCCUUCUGAAACAUAUUUUCAUACAGUGACAUUGUUUUCUGAUCUUCCUGUUAUUGAAAUUAUGAAGAAUAUAAAAGAAAAUUUUUUGUCUGAUUUAGGUGUACGCAAGACUGUUGAGUAUCAAGUUAUUUUUGAUAGGUUAAUAGGGGGUGGAGAGUGGUCGCAUAUAGACCUUAUUUGUUAUUUAGCAAGCUUUAAAGAUAAUAUUCCUAAUUCUGAUUUUGAGAAAAUUAAAAAGACCUUAAUAUGUAAAAUAGAGGGUAAUUCUUUACGAACAUAUCUUGUUUCUGAAUUAUAUGAGCCGAAUGAUAUUUUAAGGGAAUUAACAUUGCCUAUUAUUGAAUGGCCUAAAAAUAAAUGGAAUCCGUCGUCUAAUGAAGCGCUUUUGCUUUUUUCUCUUGGGCUUAAACGAUUUCCAUCUGUUGACGUAUUGAUUAAUCUUGCCGUUUCAGGGCCUUCUGAACUUCGUGAGAAGGCUUUAAAAUUUUUUACUGUUAACUACUAUACUUAUAAUUAUGGAUCGGCUUAUUCUUUUUCAAAAUCUGGGUUAGAAUUUUUACCUGUUGAAAGUGAUGGUAAACAAAAUAAUUUGGCAAGUCCAACAACAUGUUUUGCUAAUAAGUUUUGUCGCGUUUUUGGGUUUAAGAUCUUGAGACAUGAUUUAAUUCCUGAGGCUAAGAAGUUUGGUGUAGAAAAUGAUCCUAAUAUCGAAAGUGUUGUUUCUAUAUUAAUAAAAUCACCUCCUAAUUCAAUCGGACUUGCUCAGGUUCAAUUUGAAUAUUUUGCUUGUAGACUUGGAGAAUUAAAAAAAUAUAUUUUAGAGAAAUUAAAUAAAACAAAAUUUAUUCCUAUUCAGGAUCCUCAAACAAAAAAAAUAAAGCACUUGACUCCUGAUUCAUGUUUUAUUGAAGGAGAUGAUUCUGCUUUUUAUGAACAAAUAUUUGAUUUUGUUGACUUUGGUCAUAAAGCGAAUGUUUUUUUGAAAGCAUGUGGUACUAUGUCUCAGCCAACAUUUCCUCAGUUAGCUGAGCUUCUUCUUAAAGAUCCUAAACAUGUUUUUAAUUUGGUCAAAACACCUCAGAAAUAUCAGGAUAUAUUAAGGAAGCUUGUUAUUAGUAGUUAUUUUCAUAAGAAAACUAAAGAUAUAUUUCGUGAUAUGAUGAGUAAACCAUUUCUUCUUGCAUCUAAGAAACGAAAAAGCAAAUCGGUUGGGGGGAAACUUUUUUCAGGUGAUCAAGAGUCUUUGGAGUAUUGUCUUUCUGAUGCUUCUUCUAUUUUCAUUAUCGAUGAUGUUAUUUCUUAUAAUUUAUUUGGAGAGUUUAUAUUAGCUGCACCACAGGAAGAUAUUUUGGAAGAGUUUUAUGAAUCUUUAGGAUCUAGACGUUUUUCUUCUGUUGUUAAAGAGGAGUAUAAAUUUAAGGGGCCAAAGAAAGAAAAUUUUGAAACAAAUGCACUUAGAAAGCUGUUUAUUGAUCGAUCUAGUUUAUUUUUGCAUGAGACAUCGAGUGCUCUUCUUCAUGAUAGAGAUUGGUUGGCUUCAAAUUUAAAUGUAACUUAUCUCGAAAGUAUAAAAUUGGAGAGAAUUUUGAAGUUUAAAAACAUGGACUAUUCUCAUGAACAUUUAGUAACAUGUGCAUUAAAUCCUGCAUAUCAAUGUUCUCUUUAUGUUACAAAGAAUUGGGAUUCGUAUGAUGUUGCUCAGAUAUUAUGUAAAAUAAUGCUUCAGAAACCAGCUGUUCAUGAUCCUCUUCUUCUUUCUUCGCUUAUAGUUACUGACUUGAACAUAUUACAACAAAGAGGAUAUAAUGUGCAAAGAAUUUUGCAUUCUCAAGACUUAAAGAAAAAGGAAGAAGAAGAGUUUCAUAAAAUAAAUUCAAAACAGCAUGAUAUCCAAGUAGAAAUGGAAAGGUAUAAUAUUGGGUCUGAGUCACAGGAUGAUUCUUGUAUAAAAUAUCCUGGGUCUUAUCCUUUUGAAGAUGAUCUAAAGGAUGUUAAUAGGGAUUAUGAUUUAUCAAAUACUAGUAAAAGUGGAACAUCCACAUCUUUGGUAAAAAAGCCUGAAUUUUCAGAGAAAAAUAUUCAGAAAAAUUUUGAGAUUUCUUCAAAGUUUCAGGAACAGCAUAGUUAUCGGAAUAAUGAAAAUAAACAUAAAGAUGUUUUUUAUGAAAAUAUUUCUUUGCUAAAGAAUUAUUUUUUUAAGAAAUCUAAAUUAAAGAAUACAUUAAAUGUGAAGUUUCCUAUGAAUUACGAACAAAAUGUUGCUUCCAAUCUUUCACGAGCAAUUAAAGCAUGUAGAAGUAAUAAUGAGAUGUCUAUAUUUUCUCCUGUAGAAGUUAUUGAAGUCAAAGAAGCUCAAGAAGGAUAUUGUAAUAUUUCUUAUUCUCACAACUUGAAACACGUGUCUCGGACUGUUGAUAAUAUAAAUGUUUAUGUUUCAAAAGACAUGCAUUCUGGUGAACUAUAUAUAAACAACAAUAUGAAUGAUAUAGAGCUUUUUAGUUCUAAAGUAUUGAAAAAAAUAUCAUGUGUUUUUGGUUUUUGUGUUUCUGUUCUUAAUAUUUUUUAUGAUGAAAAUGGGUUAACAAUUGCUUUUAAUAAAAAUGGUUCUAUAUUUUGUAAUUUAAGAUACUAUAUAUUAUUGCAUUCUAAGAAGCUAGUAUCUGGUGAUUUUAGAGAUGUUCUUGCAUUUUGGUUCGUUACUAUUGCUCAUGAGUUAUCACAUAACAUUGUUUCUGAACAUGGUCAAGUUCAUAGUUUUUAUACGUAUGUUUUUAAAUAA